AUUCCCUUCUAUCUCCUUACAUUCAUUAAAUACACACUCACUGUGAGAUCUAUCGCAUAACUCUACCCGAAUUUCAGUAGAAAACCCUGUGCCGAAAAGCUAAACAUAAUCGGCUGAGACCGUAGUGAUGGACGAAAAAGCCGGCGUUGAACCACGCCGACAAGCACCGAGAUACCUUCAACUCAACCGUUUACCUACCCUUCAAGAAGUAUUGGACAGACGGACUCGCGCUCCUCUUGAUCUCUUUUGUUUUUGGAUAUGGCUAGAGUCGAUUCAAUGUCAAGAUGGACUAGACUUCUGGCUUGAUGUGCAACAGCAUGAGAACUUGUGUAAAGCGUACUUCAAGGAUCUGCGCAGAUCCGGUCGUUCCAUUCACCAAGAUUGGCCAGAAUAUGCCAACUACGCACGAGAAAACGGUUCCCACUUUUCCCCUCUACUGGCGCUCCGAGAAGAACCUAACAAUCCUAACUCUGGCAUUACACAAUCUCCCCGUGCCGCCCGUAGAUCGAGCGAUCUUGAUCCUCCAAGAUUGGUCUCACCUGUCUCCCCCACAUUCGUUCCUCCCGUCUCGUCCCCCACUAUGCCUUCUAGACCUUCCGAUCUCAGGUCAAGCGAUCCGAUGUCGUUCAAGACGCACGACUCGACGAACGAGCACGGAGUCAUAGGUGCAGGGGGACCAAGCAGAGAGCAAGGCACGGCUAGCAGAAUGAGUAUCAGGAAUAAAUGGGCGUCGAGGAAUAGUAAAGCCCCAGUUGUAAUACCGAGGGAUAGGGCAAUUGAGAAAGCUGCUUUGGUAGAUGGAGCAGAGAGAAUAUAUCUGAGGUAUCUAUUGCCUGGAGCGGAGAGAGAGAUUUAUUUACCGCCCUCAUUGAGAAUGGACAACUUCCCAAUGACCAACGGAUCCGAUCCUUCACCUCUGAUCCCCGAUCUCUUCCACGCACAGAAACAGUAUAUCUACAAACUCAUGGAGGCCGAUUACUUCCCUCGUUUCUUGCGCGCCAAAUCUUUUUGCAAUCUUACCAAGGCAGGAGGGAUCAUACGUCUGAUUGCAGGAUUUGCAGUUUUGUGGGGGGCUUUCGUGCUUGCUUUCAGCUUCAUCUUUUUGGACUAUCCAAGACAUACCAGAUUAUGGAUCAUCUUACCCCUAUUUGUAGCUUGGAACCUCCUCGUUCCGGCAUACUACGAUCAUUCCCCCCUUCUCUUCCUUUUCUCCCGCGCCGAGACAUCUCCCUUCCGUACCAUCCGUGUGCGUGAACGAUUCGUUUGGAAGAUACAUGCCAUCCGAGCAUUAUGGGUAGAAGCUUUGGCUUUAGCCUUGACGGCAGGUCUCUCCGUCUUGUUCAUACUGGUACCUGGACAUCGAUUAUAGCUGUGUUUAUCGAUUCUUUUUUCCGCUGGGACGGGACAUACAAUUGGUUCCAUAAUUCUUAUGAUUUGAAUGGGACGGGAUGAUGAUGGAAGCGGCUAUCUGGUUUCACAGAGACAUUAAUGAUCCCUUGACGAUGUAUCUUUGUGCAUGAUU